AUGGAUCUUCUGUCUGGACUCCGUAAAGGCGAUAGCUCCCGCGGUGGGCGCGCUGAGUUCAAAUGGGAGGAUGUGAAAGAGGAUAAGGACCGCGAGAACUAUCUCGGGCACUCUUUAAUGGCUCCUGUCGGCCGUUGGCAGAAAGGCAGAGAUUUGACUUGGUACGCCAAAGCCGACUCCGAUAGCACCCUCACGGCCGAACAACAACGCCUCGAAGAGAUUCGUCGUAUCAAAGAAGCCGAGAACGAUGCCCUUUCUGAAGCCCUUGGAUUCAAGGUUGUACGGCGGCACACAGAUGCCGUCAACCAAGAUGAUAUCAAGCGUGCAAUCAAGGAAGCUGGUGCUGGUGGCCAACCAGACAGCGAAGAGGCAAAGGGAGAAGCACAAGGUGUGGGCUUUGGAAGAGGCGGAAAACGAGAAGCUGCACCAGAUAAAAAGGAAGAUGAGGGGAAAUUAGAGGGGUCGUAUAGACCGGCAGAUGAGAAACGUGAGGGAGGUGGUAGAGGGGAUAGGGGAGAGAGAAAAGAUCGAGACCGCGAUGGUCAUCGAUCACGACGACAUAGGAGUAGGUCCCGGAGCCCGAAUAGGAAAAGAGAAAGAGAAAGGCACAGGCACAGACGGGACCGUGAGCGAAGACGUUCGGUAAGUCGACGCAGAGACCGGCAGGAUCAUGACGACAGGGGAAACGAGAAGGACGGUAGAAGGGAUAGAGAAAGGCGGGGUGACAGGGGUAAUGACAGGGAACGCGGGGAGCGUGAUAGGGCUCGGGAUGACAGGGAGGGGGGUGAGAAAAGGAGGAGAAGAAGUAGAAGCCCUGUUCCUGUUCGAUAA